AUGGUGCAAGCGCAGUUUGGCAAGAAGGUCAAGCUCGUCCGACACACCGGAGCCCGCGAGUUCGCAACUAACUCGCUUCAAGAAUUCUACGAAGAUGAAGGCAUUGAGCAGCAGACGACGGUGCCAUAUGCACACCAGACCAACGGCACGGCAGAGCGCGCCAUUCGGACUAUCGUCACAAUUGGUCGCAGCAUGCUCCACCAUGCUAAGCUGGAAAAGUGCUUCUGGGCCGAAGCAGCAAUGACGGCAAGCUACGUCAAGAACCGUCUGCCGUCGCCUAAAGUUAUGCACAAGACUCCGUUCGAGAUUGUCCACAACUCCAAGCCAAGUGUCAAGCACAUGCGGGUGUUCGGUUGUCAGGUUUACAUACUGACACCGAAGGAGAGGCGGCUCAAGUGGGAACCCAAGGCUCGCACUGGAACAUUCUUGGGCUACGAAGAAGCAUCCAAAGCGUAUCGCGUUUAUGACAUUGAGGCGGGGCAGGUGGUCAUCAGUCGCGAUGUCAACUUUGACGAGUCCGCCUUUGGACUUUCGCCGCCUACCACCGCUGAAGACGCCGAUGACAUUGGCUUCGACUCCCUCGGUCUGGAUGAUGAAGCGCCAGGUCAAGCGCAGUACAAGCAAACAGGCAAGCGCAAGAGUCGUCCCCAUGAAGAAGGAGUACCAGCUCCACCCAUGCGCACAGUGCGUCAACGGCCUGGACUAGAAGAAUCAAGUGCGCCAGACAAUCACACGACCCACCAAGAAGAAUAUGAAGAAACAAAGAAUGCUGAUGCAUCGACUCCGCCUCUGUUUUGGCGUGCGAGUGCGAACGCUGUUGAAACAGCAGUGGACUUAUCCGAGCCAUCGACUUUUGAAGCUGCGGUGAGCGGUCCUGAUCAAGUGCAUUGGCGCGAAGAUAUCCGUGCGGAACUUGAGUCGAUGCGACUUCGUGAAGUAUUCCGCGCAGCCAAGCUACCUAAAGGACAUUGCUCCAUUGGCACGAAGUGGGUCUUCAAGAUCAAGCGCAAAGCAGACGGAUCAAUUGACAAGUACAAGGCGUGGAAUUGGAGGGCUCCUUCGUUUGUCUGGAGUUGGUUAAGGCAAUCUACGGACUCAAGCUAG